CUUCUUUUGCAAUCAUCCUUCGUCAAUUCAGCAAUUAAUUAUAAAUACUUUAAAUUAUUAUUUAAUAAAUUAUUUUUAUCAGUAUUGUUAUUAUUUUAUAACAAAUAACAAUACAGAAAAAAGCUCAAAAUGGCUCAUGUGUCAAUUUUUUUUGGUUUACUAUUAACUUCGGCUGUUAUUCUUUUAACAAGAAGUGAAGAAAUAAAACAUUAUACGGAUAAAUACGAUCAUGUUAAUUACGAUGAAAUUUUAAGCAAUGAUCGACUUCGAAAUCAGUAUUACAAUUGCGCUAUGGGAACUUCUCGUUGUUUAAGUGAUGAUGCUAUGUUUUUUAGAGAUAAAUUUCCGGAAGCAUUGGUAACUAAAUGCAAGUAUUGCACUGAGCCACAGAAAAUAGGUUUCGAUAAAAUUGUCACUUAUUAUACGGAGAAAGAACCGGAAAAAUGGAAAGCCGUUCUUGAGAAGUCAAUCAAAGAUAUUCAAAAUAAGCCAAAGCAAUAAUUUAUAAUGUAGUUCAUCAAUUUUAAUUGUAUGUAAUUUAUCAACAAAACUUUAUGAAAACAAUUUCCAUUUGUAAUUUAAUUACACAUUGCAUCAUGUAUAUUUAAAAUAUAGCCGAAUUUAAAAAAGAAAA